CUUGCGGUCAACCUUUAUCAUCAUCAACAUGGCUGCCGCGCACCAAGAACUCCACGUCAGCGCAGUUCGUCCUCGUUCCUACCAAGACAAGAGCUAUCUGAACGGCUUUCUUGGAACUGUGGGUGACCUACAGAAGGAUGGGGUAUUGCAGGAUGUCGUCCUUGAAGUCGAGGGCCGGCGGUUUCCCUGCCAUCGGCUUGUUCUGUCCGCGGCCAGCCCGUACUUCAGGGCCAUGUUUACAAGUGACAUGGCGGAAAGUCGUCAGAAGACGGUUGUUUUACAGGGUUUGGAUGCAAAAUUUUUUGGGGAGAUCUUGAAUUACAUCUACUCGGGAACCCUCCAUGUGUCCCUGGACAAAGUGCAGCCCCUGUACCAGGCAGCCGACCUCCUCCAACUUGAUUAUGUGAGAGACACCUGCCGCAGCUACAUGGCCAUGAACGUGGAGCGCUCCACCUGUGUGGACCUGUUCACCUUUGCUGAUGUCUUCUCUCUGGACAAUGUCCGAAAAUCUUGUCUAAAGUGUAUUCAUAGAAACUUCGUUGAGGUUGCAUUUAGCAAGGAGUUCUACAACCUGAGUGUGGAUCACCUCAUUGAGAUCAUCAGCCAUGAUGACAUGGGCGUUAAAGAGGUGGCAACAGUGUGGGAGGUUGUGGUGAGAUGGGUGCAGCACAGCAGGGAGGAUAGACUGCACAACCUACCCAGCAUCCUCCCUCACAUCCACUUCAACCUGCUGACCUCAGAUGACAGGGCAGCCAUCUUGGAUCAUCCCCUUGUCAAGGGUGAUCCUGGAAGUUCUGAGGUCAUCAGGAAUAUUAUGGUACAGAAAGGGAACCGUGACCUGAGGCAGGGGCUUGAAAAUCCCAUGGAAAUGGCGCUGCUCUUCGAUACAGGUGGCGGAAAGCUCCUCUUUAUGAACCCUCGAGAAGGAAAGUACAUCAGCUGCAGUUACAAACCUCAAGACCUCCCUAGUGUCACAGACGUGACAGUCACCAGUGAUAACAACAUCUAUAUCCUGACUCGUGAAGGACAGAGUAACGAUCAGCUGUCCAUAUUUAAGUACAACCAUGCGAGGAAUGUGUGGAAACGUGCUGGUAUGUCAUCAGUAUCUAAGUGGCUAAAACUUGAAAACAGUUUUAUAUUCUACAACGAGCAUCUUGUUGAAGUUGAUGGGAUCUUAUUCUAUCUUGCUGCCAAUCCACUUGAAGGCUAUGAGUUGGUACAAAUGAGAAAGUACAACCGUUCUUUAAAACAGUGGCAGGAAUGUUCAGAGCUGGAAGUUGACAAUGCAUACGACCACAGUUCCGCAUUAUCCUGCAGUUCACACAUCUAUUUUCUCACAGACAAAGAACUACAUUGCUACGACCCGAGCCAGGACCGUUGGAGCAAGCGGACCCCACCAAUAACAUUUGGUGGAGUCUGUACAGCUGCUGUCAUGGGAACAGAGAUUUUCUGCUCAGAUCAUAACUUUACUGUAGUGUAUGAUACAGAGUCAGAUUGCUGGCAGAAACUGCAAGACUGGCCCAAAACAAGUUAUUCUUAUACUGAUUCCAGGCUUUUCGUACUGAAUAACCAGCUGAACAUAUGGUUAACCUGUUUUAGCGACUCCCAGGAAGACUACACACAUCUCAUAUAUGAGCAUGACAGGUUUGCUGAUACGUGGACAGACUUGAAGGCCACCCUGCCUGACAGUUCACGAAUGCCUCUUGGUUUUGAAUGCCCUGUGGCCCGUAUGCAUCUAUCACAUCUUGGUUCACAUAGUGAGGACACAUAAACGAAUAGAUGUAUAUACGAUGACUUUCAAGUCGAACUUGAUCGCGUUGUACAAUAUGCAUUUAUGGAACUGAACUAUGCUAUAAGAAGAUAGUAGUUAGUAGUCUCUUCAGGCAUCUUUUUCUUUCUCUCGGCAUCAACAGACCUGCCAUAGCUUUGCUUCAUGUGGCACGUACCUUCAAUCUUUGGUGUACAUCGUAUGGACACAUAGAGGCCUAAAUUCGACAAACAACGAUGGUUAUUUUGUUAAAGUUAAUCGCAUAUUUAUGUUUCUAUUCAAUUAAAAGUAUAGAUGCUGAGUUAAUGAGGAGAUAAUAGUGAGUAGUUUCACCAAGUAUGUGUUUUUAUCGUCAUCAACCUUCCUUUAGUUUUGAUUCGUCAGGACAGUACUGGUUAAGGACACCUCAGUCUCGUAUCAGUUUUCGCUAAAUGCUAAUGUAGGAUAAAACUCUGCAUUUAAAGUUGCACUUUAACAUUAAUCAGGAACUAAAUGCUUGUUUCUAGACUAGAGACAGGCUGCCUCAUAACGAAUAACCUGAUAAAUGUGUCUAAAAACAUGGAACGUUGGUUAUUAGUUCAUUCUUUAAAAAGCUUGUCAAGUAUUUUUUUCACUCCUCCCUUUAUUUAUUAUCUAAAUCUAAUACAAAUUGUAUGUAACUAUAUUUAAGUCAAUUCUAUACCCAUUGAUACCUAAUCAAAGGCAUUAAACUAACCUAUCAUUGGAAAGCUUAUUUUGAAAUAUGAUAGCCUUACACAAGCACAAUGUAAAUUUGCACAUGCAUUUUCUCACUAAUACAUGUUGUAUUUUGUUGGUUAUAUAUCCUUCUAACAAUGAUUUGAUGUUAGCAGGUGUAUUUUCUUGGAGCACCGUUGUACAAAUGCAUAUCCUAUUUAGAUUUAGACUCUCUGUUAGGUAUAAGUGAAUAACAGUUAUUUCCAAACACAAGAGUCCCGAUGCCUGUCUUGACAAUUUCUUCCAUUGGCCCAAACCCAGAGUGAUAUCAUUACAAAUAAACAACAGCUUGGU